AUGGCCAUAUUCUCAGGUGUUACGGUAGACCUGUCGGUGAUAUUCACCAAUGUCUACAUCAUGGCAUACCUGGUUUCGCGGAUAAUAUCCAAUAUUCUGAUAAGAAUAUGUUCUAUGCGGACACGUAUGACCCCUAUCAAGCUUCCUGUUUGGUCAAGGAUAAUGUUUCAUGGUAUAAGUGCAGUUUAUGCAGUCAUGCUUCUGGUACGAAUUGAGCAUCUGCUAGGAAACAUAGAUAUAGGGAUGAAUGUUACGUUAGAGGAUCUAUGUGUUCAAGUGUAUUUGUGUGUUUUGAUGUUUGGCUGUGUUGAGGAAUUCACAGCAACCACCACCAACAGGAAAGUUAUCAAAGCCACUUUUUCUAGUCCAAUCUUGUUGGCGGCAGAUAUGGUCCAGGCUAUUAACGGUACAACAAGUUUGAAAUUGGAUUUACUAAGAGUAACACUCCGUUAUUGUGUUGUCGAAAAUCUUUUAGUACAACUUAUAGAGUUGAUAGACAAGAGAAACUUACGUUUUUUAAGUUCUUUACUAGUGGAAUUCUUUAGGACGUUUACAAUUUUGAAGAUCAUGAUUAGAGAAGAAAAUGGGUAUGAGUUUGGUUCUACUUUUGCAUAUGGCCAGUUUUUAAACUUCUUCUGGCCAGCUACACUGUUUAUAUUAACAUACAUUCCAUAUCAAGUGGCUAAGUUAGUCAGGUGGGACCCGUUUGAAAAUAACAGUAAGAUUAAAACACAAAGAAAUGCCAGUAAACUUCAAUAUUAUAUGUUUUUCGAAGGUCUAAAAUCGACCUUAAAUUUUACCGGUUCAGAAUCAGUGGAAGAGUUGCUUGUAACUUACCUGAACAGGCUUUGUAACAUUUUUUUCUUUGACAAGCAAUCUGUUCAAAAUGAAAUGGAGGAAUUACAAUUACCAAAUAAGAUCAGUCAUAGCUAUGUUAUUAGUGGCUACUUGAAUCCAAUCAAGGGGGCACCAGAAGAUGUUAUAAAAGGAGAUGUCACAGACAAUGAUGGUAAGGCACCAGUAUCUGGUGUCGAGAAAGCAUUUUCUAUCUUGCCCUUUUACAGCCCAUUACUCUUUGCAAACGUGAAAACAAUCAAAUCGGUCAUAUCAUGGAUAUUUAUGAAAGUUAGAUCUUUCUAUAAAACUACCGAAGAUAUCGAAAGUACAGAAGAGAAAAGGAAGAAUGACCUCAAUAAAGUAGAUUUUAACUCUUACAUCACUGAGAAAAACUACUAUAAGUUCCUUACUAAACCCAUUACAAACGCUAUCCCACAACCGAACAAGAAUGUGGAAAAUAUUCUGCCUUUGUUGUUACCUGAAGAGGAUAACUCAGAGGAUUACGUCCCAGAUAAUGACGAAUUAGAUGAUGAUGAUUAUGAUGAAAAUAUUACAGAUGAUAAUGAACAUGAUGACAGUAACGAAGACAAAGAAAAGAGUAACAGCUCCAGAAUCUCGAAUAAUGACUUACAGAAGGAACUUGUUAGUUUGAUAACACCACUUCCGGAGGAAGUCGAAACAUUGGAUGGCAUGACAUGGAAUACCUCGGUAUGGACAAGAUAUAAAUAUAGAGACUCGUUAAAUCAAUGUCUAACAAGAAACAAGUAUAGUGAACUUAAUCCCGAUGGUGUGUUGACAGAGGCAUUUAUUGAGAGGGUCAGCCAUAAUGCAAAUAAGAUACAUACACACGAGGAUCUUGAAGGCGAAUUAGAUUUAUCUUGUGUGAUAUGUAAGGUGAACACCAGAAAGAUUGUGCUGUGGCCAUGUAGAUGUCUAGCAAUUUGUGAUGAAUGUAGAGUCUCUUUGGGAACGCGGGGCUUCAAGAAAUGUGCAUGUUGUAACACGAAUAUUGAGGCUUACAGUAAACUUAAUAUUGUGUGA